GCCAGGCCAGCCACUACGCAAGAUGGCUGUGUGUCGCUAACGAGAGGCCGACAAACCAGACGGGGAAAAGACAACCCGGGGAUAAACGGAACAUGCUGCUACGUGAUCGUCGGGCCCGUCCCUGAACAGAGAGACACUGGCCAAGAAGCGAGAGGGAAUGUGUGACAUGUUCAUCCAAACACAGCAGACGAGUAGCGUCAACGGCAGCAGCAGCAGCAGCAGCAGCAGCAGCAGUAACAACACCGUUCACCACCAUAGCAAGAAACGCAAGUUGGAGUACAACGUGAGUCAGCCGGUGAUCCAACACGCAUUGGUCCAAUCGACCGGCGACUACCAAUUAGACAAUACCGGUCUGCAACAACGGUACUCCGUGAACGGUGCUAAUACCGCAUUUAGCUCGCUGCACAACAAUAAUGCGCUGCAGAAGAGUAGCCCGAACCAACAGACCUUGGUACGAGCCUCGACGAUCAAGCUCUUAGACACGUACCAACGCUGUGGCCAGAAGAGAAAAACUUGGUCGAGGGAGGGUAAUGGUGACGGCCUGGCAGUCCACUCCGCCAACGCGACGAACGCAGUGGGUAGUACUGUAGUGUCGCAGCACCAUACGCAACAGCAACAGCAGCUGCAACAACAACAGCAGCAACAGCAACAACAGCACAAGCAGACAGGCAUGACGGCACAUAGCAAGCAAGUGACCAACGCUGCCAAUGGAGGCGGUGGCAGCAAUCCCCAGGGAGACGGAGAUUACCAGUUGGUCCAGCACGAAGUUCUCUAUUCUAUGACUAAUCAGUACGAGGUCCUCGAGUUUCUGGGCAGAGGUACUUUUGGACAGGUCGUGAAAUGCUGGAAAAAGGGAACCAACGAAAUAGUAGCCAUCAAAAUUUUGAAGAACCAUCCAUCGUAUGCGCGCCAAGGGCAGAUUGAGGUCUCCAUCCUGUCUCGACUCAGUCAGGAAAACGCGGAUGAGUUCAACUUUGUGCGCGCUUAUGAGUGCUUCCAGCACAAAUCCCACACCUGCUUGGUCUUUGAGAUGCUAGAACAGAAUCUGUAUGAUUUCCUGAAACAGAAUAAAUUCUCACCCUUACCGCUCAAAUAUAUCCGACCGAUUCUCCAACAAGUACUCACCGCUCUUUUGAAACUUAAGCAACUGGGGUUGAUUCACGCUGAUCUUAAGCCAGAAAACAUCAUGCUGGUGGACCCAGUACGCCAGCCGUAUCGUGUGAAAGUUAUUGAUUUUGGAUCUGCCUCCCAUGUGUCGAAAGCUGUCUGCAACACGUAUUUGCAAUCGCGAUACUACCGUGCACCAGAAAUUAUACUUGGACUUCCAUAUUGUGAAGCGAUAGAUAUGUGGUCGCUCGGCUGUGUGGUUGCGGAAUUGUUUUUAGGCUGGCCUCUAUAUCCUGGUAGCUCGGAAUACGAUCAGAUUCGAUAUAUUAGUCAGACGCAAGGCCUACCGACGGAGCACAUGUUAAACAAUGCCAGCAAAACAACUAAAUUCUUUUACAGAGACAUGGACAGUACAUAUCCGUUUUGGCGAUUAAAAACACCGGAAGAGCAUGAGGCUGAAACUGGUAUCAAAUCAAAGGAGGCAAGAAAGUAUAUUUUUAACUGUCUCGAUGAUAUUGGUCAAGUUAAUGUUCCGACCGAUUUGGAGGGUGGUCAACUUUUGGCUGAAAAAGCAGAUAGGAGAGAGUUCAUUGACCUCUUGAAGAGGAUGCUCACAAUGGACCAGGUAGAGCGCCGCAUAACACCCGGGGAGGCUCUGAACCAUGCCUUUGUUACGCUGGCCCACUUAGUCGAUUAUGCACACUGUAACAAUGUUAAGGCUUCCGUCCAAAUGAUGGAGGUUUGCCGACGAGCGGGUGAUUUCACCGCAAGCCCAGCGCAUCAUCAAGCUCCUCCAGCACCUCAACCACCUCAGCCAACGUCAUUGGUGGCUAACUUUGUGCCGACGACGAAUGGCAGUGCCGUAACUUUCACCUUUAACAACCAGUUGACCAAUCAAGUACAGCGAUUGGUCAGGGAGCAUCGUACUGCGCAAACAGGAUAUGAAAAUCUGUAUCAAAUAUACAGUAAUACUAGUCGUCGUGCAACUCAGUACAGCAGCUCGUCUAGUGGAUCGAACAGUGGACGGAGUGGAGUGCACGACUUUCCGCAUCAAUUGGUGCCUGGUCUUCUUUGUCAUCCACCCAGUUAUCAGACGAUGCCAAGUCCUGCGAAACACGUAGUUGUUGCUCAACCUCCACAAGCGCAACAAGGUCCGCUACAGAUCCAACCAUCGAUCAUAUCGCAGCAGGCUGUUGCUGCUGCAGCUGCGGCUGCACAGCAACAGUACGCCGCGGUUCCUGUGUCCAUGGUGGAAACUGGACGGCAAAUGUUGUUAACUAAUGCGGUACAAACCUCUUGGCCUGGUGGAAGUCGUCAAAUGGCUGCUAUCGUACCAUCGUGGCAGCAGUUGCCACCGCAACAUGCAGCCAUACAGCAACCAUUACUGAGCGAUGCUGGAGAUUGGGGAAGACCUCUUAUCGUGGACAGUUCAGCUAUCUUGCAGGAUCAGCGGCCAGUAUUUCCUGUCACGGAAGUGUACAAUACUAGCGCCCUUGUCGAGCAUCCAUCGCAAAGUUGGGGUAAACGUAGUGUGACGAAGCAUCAUCAACAUCAUGUGACGGUACCGCAACAGUCUCAACACAGGCACGAGCAUAAGAAGGAGACGCAGCAAUUGAGUCCGGUGAAGAAGAGGGUUAAAGAGAGCACACCACCGAGCAACAUGAGACGUCAUUCGCCAUCGAACGGUCAUUGGCAACAGCAACCCAUACAGCAACAUCAUCACAGCAGCAAACACAGCAGUAGUCAUAACAUAGAACAUCAUCAAGUUACAUCUGGUCGGCAGCAAACCAUCACGAUACACGAUACACCAUCACCAGCAGUAUCUGUUAUCACUAUCAGUGAUAGCGAGGAUGAAACACCGGGCAAAUGCUGUGGAGAUCGGCAAUGCGGAGCCUGUCAAAAUUUGGCAACUCGCCUGUCUGGCGAUGGACGUCCAGUCCGCGAGGAAGUCAUCCGAAGCACGCAGUCAACACCACGCGUGGUCCAACCGAUGCAACAAACUCAUUCGAGUAGUCAAUCCCAUACGAACGGGCACGUAACAACUCAUAGUACCUCUCAGAGAGCUCAGCGGAAAAAUAUAAUCAGUUGUGUAACCGUGGGUGACAGCGAUGGCGAGGCUAGUCCAGGCCGAGCGCAUAAUCAUCUGUAUCAACAUUUGCCGCAACAUCCUCAGCAUCAACAAACUACGCAGUUAAUUAAACACGAGCCCCAACAACAACAUCACGUCAGCAGUAGCAGCUCUGGAUAUUCUUCUCAAUCGCAAAAGAAACGAUUAUUGGCGAAAGUACAGUCCGAGUAUAAUAUGGUGAAUGUUGCGACAAAACCAGAGCCCGGGGUUGAGUACCUUGCACCACAUCCGUGUCACGCGCCAGCUUGCAAAGAGCCACCGACCUAUCAGGAUGAUGGCUAUGACAUGCAUGACUACUUCUUGCAGUAUGUGACCACGAGUAGCGCGCAUCCGCACCUUCAAGAGCAGCAUAUCGUGUACACGACCGGCACGGACAAGCGGGUAUCAUGGCCUGGAAAGAGAACUGAAUACAAGCACGAGUACGUUCAACCACCAGCUGCUCAUUCCAGAGAUCACCAGAAAUGGGCGGUGGCGAACACUGUGCAUCAGUAUAGGCAGAGCCAGGUGGUGGGUUCGGCAGCCCAUCCGGGUCAUACCCACAGUCAUCAUGGGCAUCCGGCCCACCUGAGUCCUGGGGGCGGUGGCGGCGGCAGAAGUCCUGCAGGGGGGCCUGUAAUAGGAAGUGCCCAACAUCUGGGACAACCCCUGUACCAGGAGUACGCACAUGUGCGUUCAAGAGCCCAUGCCGUGCCACCCCCGGUGUACGUAACCGCCGCGCCUUCUCAGGCUCCCACUGCUAUCCAGCAGCAACAAGUGCCCACCUAUCAGGGAUUCACACCCGGGUGGGUACCUAGACACCUAGUUGAUGCAUGCAUCUCGUCUCCAUUAACGUUGUAUGAUUCUAGUCGAGCGUUGCCACCACCAGCUCAUCACAGCUCGGCCAGACCGUUGCUGGCAAGUCAUGCAGCGCAUCCACUGCCUGCACAUAUGCAGCCGACAGCCGUUUACGGAUUGGCCCCGCUUUCACCGGCCAAACAUCAAUAUCAACCUUCUGGUUUGUGGUUCACCGAGUAAAUCUUCACCUUCUUUUUUUUUCUAUUUUUUCUUUGUUUUCGUUCGUUCCCUCUGUGUCUCUGAGUUUCAGAAGAAAAAUGAAAAACGGCGUUGAACCGAGCACCGAGCAGCAUCGCCGCUUCGCUUUUUCUUCCUGAAAUUUUACUCCGAGAUCCAGGCACAGGCGAGAUCUCUCUCUCUCGCUGCACAUCCGAACACACAAACACACACACGCGCAAGACCGUCGCCGAACGAAAGGAAAAAGAGAAUACAAUUCGUUCGUCCAUCCGUCGCCAUUUUCUCUCACCUUCGAGACAUUCUCUCAUUCUCUCGUGAACGUGCUCUUUUUACUAGCGAACGAAGGGGGCCAUCGCACGAUACUAAACGAUCGACUACACGAGAAAACACAGGAGCUAUAACGAAACACUAGCAUUAAUAUCGUAAGAACAAAAUCAAUAUUCACGGCUGGUGAAAUGAAAAAAAUGAUAAAAAGACUCGACGGAGUCUCCGGAGGCAAAAGGCAACAAGUCGUUCUUCAGCUUAACUUUUUUGACAAUCCGUCCUUUUAAACAGCGAUCCUGCUCCCUUCGAACUGCCUUGUCUGUGUUAAACUAAAUGGAUUAAUUGAGAAAAAAGAAAAAGAAAAAGGUGAACAAUAUGGAUUUUUGAGGAUCGACAGAGAGACUGACCACUGUUUGCUGCGUCGCGUUUCAAUGCUUUCAUUGGCGCACUUCGUCGAGCGUGCGUUGUCUUCUUCCUUUCGUUCGACGAAGAGAGAAAUCGCGUGUGUCCGGAUAUCGAGGGGAAGCAUAAUGAAAUUAACGAAAAAUGAUAAGAUUAAACGUUGUAUAGAGGAGGGUUUAAGGAAGGGCCGCCUCGGUGCUUCCUGUCGCGCAAUCGUUUCCUCAGUGAACCAUCGCUUCGAUAAUUUGUAAUUUGUAUUAUCUCUUUUUUCCAAAAAAAAACCUGUCGUUUAACGGUGAUAACGAUCGACGUAAAAUUUUAUGUCCGACUUAGACGGCGCAUAUUGUUAAAAUAUACGUGACGGUGGUAUAUAUAUUAUAUACUCGACGUGUUUUUUGUAUGUUUUCGAGGAAGGAAAAUGUUCUCGCCGUCGCGCCAAAAAAAAAGAAGUUUUUACGAAACGAGAUGAUGAUAUUGUGUAUGUGAAAGAGAAGAAAGAUCACAGGCGGAUGUUAUAUUCGUCCUUGAUGUUUGACGAGAGUCUCUAACCGUUUGUAUGAAAAAUUAUGCGCAGUUUAAGCAGAUGAGAUAAAAAAAAAAGAAAAAACGUUGAAGGGAGGAAAGGGGGGAAGAAAAGAAAGAGAAAUGAAAAGAAACCACGUCGAUAUACAUUAUGUGCGUUGUGUCGUCGGUGAUUUGGCAAAACUGUUUCCGCUUUUCAACGUGCGACAAACAGCGUUCGGUUG